CGGACCUCUUUCAAAACUGUCUCUUCUUCCAGAAACUUCUCUGUUGUCAAGGUGAUUAUUAAAGUCCCUACCAUUCUCUUAAGUGGUCCUGUAAACCACAAACAUCUCUCCAACCUUCAGAGCUAAGGUUCAGGUCAGCCCAAAUCCCCACCACUGUCACCCAUCUUUGGCCUGGAAUAUGGCACCAUGCAGAGAGUUGUCUCUCGUCACAAGGAGAAAGAGUUGAUGGUUGUAACUGAAUGCAGUGUCUUCCUUCAAGCAAUCCAUCUUUCUGUCUCUCUCUCUGGAAACGUCAGGUUAGCUAGGACAUAAGGUUGACUAUGGGCCUUCAGCAUCUUGUAACACAAAAGAAUGCCACUGGCUGGACCAACACCCGAGUGACCAGGGCUGGACCAUGUGGCUUCUUUGAAGCUCUACCGCAGAACUCUGAUUUCAUGGGUGUAAUGGCUGACGAAGAGUCCUGACUUAGCAGGAAGCUCGAGUAAAGAAUUUUUAUGGGAUCAGGGACUCCUCUGAGGGAGGCAAAUGACAGACUGAUGGAGAGGGCGUCUGAAAACCAGCGAAGAAGUACAAAGAAAAAAGAUUUUACAUACUGUGUCCACACCCUCUGGAGAAGGGUUAUAAAUUCUCACCAGAGGAAGGACACCCAGAGCUCUGAGGCUUGGAGAAUUCACAUUGUGUCUUCAGCCAGGCACCUCACUCCCUCCAGCACCAUGCCGUACAACUGCUGCCUGCCCUCCUUGAGUUGCCGCACCAGCUGCUCCUCCCGGCCCUGUAUACCCAACAGCUGCCACAGCUGCACCCUGCCCGGGGCCUGCAACAUCCCUGCCAAUAUCGGCAACUGCAAUUGGUUCUGUGAGGGCUCCUUCAAUGGCAACGAGAAGGAGACCAUGCAGUUCCUGAAUGACCGCCUGGCCAGCUACCUGGAGAAGGUGAGGCAGCUGGAGAGAGAGAAUGCCGAGCUGGAAAGUCGGAUCCAGGAGAGGAACCAGCAGCAGGACCCUCUGGUGUGCCCUGCCUACCAGGCCUACUUCAGGACCAUCGAGGAGCUGCAGCAGAAGAUCCUGUGCAGCAAGUCUGAGAACGCCAGGUUGGUGGUGCAGAUUGAUAACGCCAAGCUGGCUGCCGAUGACUUCAGGACCAAGUAUGAGACCGAGCUGUCCCUGAGGCAGCUGGUGGAGUCUGACAUCAAUGGCCUGCGCAGGAUCCUGGACGAGCUGACCCUGUGCAAGUCUGACCUGGAGGCUCAGGUGGAGUCCCUGAAGGAGGAGCUGCUGUGUCUCAAGAGGAACCACGAGGAGGAAGUCAACACCCUGCGCUGCCAGCUUGGAGACCGCCUCAACGUGGAGGUGGACGCUGCUCCCACUGUCGACCUGAACCGUGUGCUCAAUGAGACCAGGUGUCAGUACGAGGCCCUGGUGGAAACCAACCGCAGAGAAGUGGAGGAAUGGUUCACCACACAGACCGAGGAGUUGAACAAGCAGGUUGUGUCCAGCUCAGAGCAGCUGCAGUCCUGCCAGGCAGAGAUCAUCGAGCUGAGACGCACAGUCAAUGCCCUGGAGAUCGAGCUGCAGGCCCAGCACAACCUGAGAAACUCUCUGGAAAACACCCUGACAGAGAGCGAGGCUCGCUACAGCUCCCAGCUGUCCCAGGUGCAGUGCCUGAUCACCAACGUGGAGUCCCAGCUUGGUGAGAUCCGGGCUGACCUGGAGCGUCAGAACCAGGAGUACCAGGUGCUGCUGGACAUCCGGGCCAGGCUGGAGUGUGAGAUCAACACGUACAGGGGCCUGCUGGAGAGCGAGGACUGCAAGCUACCCUGCAAUCCCUGUGCCACAACCAAUGCAUGCGGCAAGCCCAUUGGGCCCUGUGUCUCCAAUCCCUGCACUCCGUGCCCACCCCCUGCCCCUUGCACACCUUGUGUCCCACGUCCCCGCUGUGGGCCAUGCAACUCCUUUGUACGCUAGAACCUGGGAGAUGCCAAAGGCGCAAGGGUACAGGGCUUAGCGCUCCAGAGCUCUGACCUGGUUCUGGUUCAUUCCACAAAACAGGCGUAAAAACACAGAAUAGCCAGUGCAACCCUGGAAUGACAGCCCCAGAAACUGUGCCUUCAGCUGCUGUAUCCUCUCUAGACCAUUGUCUGCCUGCUUUUUCCUUCAGAGGGACCUGGCUCUCCCUUGGCUCAUCUGGAGGACUCUGAAGUGCCAGCUGCCCUCCCUUGUAAUCUCACAAUAAAUGUUUUCCUGCCA